UUUUGGCCCCCGGCCAUGGAAUUCCAGGCGGACGGCGCCCGGUGGCCCGAGCCGCGGGGCGGCUCCGCCGAGGCGCCGCCGCCGGCGCUGGAGGCCCCCUCUCCUCGCUUCGAUUCGUCGCGUGCCCUAAGAUUGCUGAGAGAGCUUGGCAGAAAUGUAACAGAAGAUUUGGUUGUGCUGAUGCCAAACUUGCUGUCAUUUUUGAAACACGAUGAUCCUGCAGUUGUUAAGCAAUCCAUAGCUAGUGGGACAAAUUUAUUUGCUGCUGUACUGGAAGAGAUGGCACUUCAGAUUAACGGGCGUGGAAGAGUUGAUGCUUGGCUUGAAGAGAUGUGGGCUUGGAUGAACCAGUUCAAGGAUGCAGUAUGUGUUAUGAUGCAUGAGCCUGGUCCUAUUGCAUUUAAACUACUCGCCGUAAAGUUCAUUGAAACAUGGAUAUUGUGCCUUACACCUCAACCCAACAGUGACCGAAUACAGCCAAUUGAAGGAAACAACCGGAGGUUUGAUCCGUCACGAUUAGCUAAAUUUCAUACUAGCCUUGAUCCCGUUAUUCUGGAAGCCAAUGCAAAUAGGGCUUUCAUCCUCCUGGUGGAUAUUUUGAAAUCAGCGUAUGCUCACCGAGGAUCCUUCCUAGUUGGCACCAUUAAUUCUCUUGCAGCUAUUGGAAAGAAUAGGCCGGUUUAUUAUGACCGUGUUCUGUCAGUGUUGUUUGGGUUUGACCCUAGUUUGCAGACUUCAAAAGGAGCUCAUUCUGCAAGCCUGAGAUAUUCCCUGAAAACAGCCUUUUUAGGGUUUCUACGGAGUCCUUGCCAAGAAAUGCUUGAUUCCAAGGACAUACUAGUGAGGCGGCUCCGAGCUCUCAGCCCAGGUGAAGCAACAGAACAGAUUAUUAGGCAGGUAGAGAAGCUGUCUAGAAAUAUAGAGCGGGCUUCUCGUAUGAACAAGGAUGAACCUCCACCAUGGGAGAUGCCUUAUGGAGAUGUUAGUCGAAAGAAUCCUGCUCCUGCUAUGGCCGAGGGAAUAGCUAAGAGAGCAAGAUUUGAUGGCUCUGCAUUUUCGAAUCCGCUAAUCCAGGGAACACCUGAUUAUUCAGAUGUGAAGAUUGAAAAUGAUGCAAAUAUGGGUCAUUCCUCUGACCCUACUAUCUUGAGUACUGAUGUAUCUCCUGUUGAGAAGAUGAUUGAAAUGAUAGGCGCUUUACUUGCUGAAGGGGAAAGAGGAGCUGAAUCCCUUGGUAUUCUCAUCUCAUCGGUAGAGUCAGACGUCAUGGCUGACAUUGUAAUUGAAACAAUGAAGCAUCUACCAGAAGCACCAUUUCCAUUGGCUACAAAUAAGAGUGAACCGCAAUCAAAUUUGCAAUCUUCCUCCAGCCCCCCUACAGAGAACUUUCCAGGCCAUACACACUCUUUGCCCUUUACAGCACAAUUAGCACCACCUGCAGAUGGAGUAGGCAUUUCACCACCUGAUGCCCUUCUCGGUCCUGGUUCUACUGAUUCGAAGCGUGACCCAAGAAGAGAUCCUCGUCGCCUUGAUCCACGGCGAACAGUUGCACCUGCUACUGCUAGUGCCAUACAGGUGAAGGUGGAAACCACUAGCAUGCAUCAGACAAAUACUUUGUCAGAUAUACCUUCUGUUCCUGGGAAGGGUGAAAAAUGUGCAGAAUAUUCAGUAGACCCACCUAAAAGUGAAGAUGAGGAGCAUCCAUCUUUUCAUCCUAAUAAUCAAGUAAUUGUCAAAGAGAAUGAGUUUUUGGAUGAUGCCACAGAACCAGAGGCAAUUUUUGAAUUGCACGCACCGGUAGAAGCCGGAAUUCCUUCUGAUGUCAAUGAAGAGAUGGACAAUCCAUUGUCACCAGAAGCUAUUUCAAACAAUGAAUCUGAUAGUAUGGAUUUGGAGGUUGAUCCCUUUUCACCAGUCCCCAAGAUAUCAACACCAGAGGAUACUACUCAUGAGUUGCCACUUCUUCCAUCUCAUUUGGAUUUGAGUGACAGUGAGAAGAUCACAUUGCAUAUAUUAGCUGUUAGGCGGAUAAUUGACGAUUACAAGAAAAAUACCCUGGACACAAGAUUUUCUUUGCUUGCUCAUUUGGUUGCUCAGAGUAGUGCUGAUGAUAAUAUCAUGGAUUUGAUUCAGAGGCACAUUAUCUUCCAUUAUCAUGACCAGAAGGGUCACGAACUGGCUAUGCAUGUGUUGUAUCAGCUGCAGUGUGUCAAUAUUGCUGACGCACCAGAAAGUUCCACAUCUACUUCUGAACAUUACGAGAAGUUCUUUAUAUCACUUGCGAAGUCCUUGAUUGAUUCGCUACCGGCCUCAGAUAAAUCUUUUAGUAAACUUCUGUGUGAUGCCCCAUGUUUGCCUGAGUCUCUGUUUAGAUUACUUGAGGGUCUUUGUAUGUCACAAGGCAACAACCAACAAAUAAAGGACAGCGAGGGUGACCGUGUUGCCCAAGGCCUCGGAACAGUAUGGAGUCUUAUUUUAGGGCGGCCUCCACUUCGUCAAGCUUGCUUGGAUAUUGUUCUGAAGUGUGCCAUUCACUCUCAAGAUGAAGUCCGAGGAAAGGCGGUUAGAUUGGUUGUGAAAAAGCUCUGUGAUCUGACAUAUGCAUCAGAAAAAGUUGAGCAGUUCGCCACAGAUAGUCUUCUGGCAAUUGCUAAUAAGCAUGGCGUGGAGACAGAUGCUAAUUUCACAACCUCAAAAGAAUCUACAGCCGAGGUUGAAAUAGGCAUCCAGGAAGCUUCAGUUAGUGGCUCCCAGGUUCCCGAUGCUGGACCUUCUGAAAGUGGAUCUACCAAGGCCUCGUUGAUUUCACCUAAACAAUCAGCAGUAUCUGAGGCCAAACGCUAUACUUCAUUGUUUUUUGCACUUUGCACAAAGAGACCCAUUCUUCUUCGACAGUUGUUCAAUGUCUAUGGAGGGUCUCCGAAAGUUGUCAAACAGUGUAUCCAUUGGCAUAUUCCCACCCUUGUAAGAAAUCUGGGAUCCUCAUGUCCUGAAAUGCUGGACAUUAUUCAUAAUCCACCUGAAGGCAGUGAAGAACUUGUUAGCCUGAUACUUCAAACACUGACCGAAGAAUCAAAUCCUUCGCCCAACCUGGUUGUGGCUGUUAAACAUCUCUAUGAGACCAAGCUGAAGGAUGCAUCUAUUCUCAUUCCAUUGCUAUCCUCAUUUCCGAAGGAAGAGGUGCUACCCAUAUUUCCUAGACUAGUUGAUCUCCCACCUGCCAGAUUCCAAGAUGCACUUGCUCGGAUAUUGCAGGGCUCUGCUCAUACUGGUCCAGCGUUAACCCCUGCCGAAGCUCUGAUUGCAAUCCAUGAAAUUAAUCCAGAAAAGGACAAAGUUCCCCUAAAGAAGGUCAUAGAUGCUUGCACUGCUUGCUUUGAGCAGCGCACGGUAUUUACUCAGCAAGUUCUGGAGAAGUCAUUGAAUAAAUUGGUCGAUAAUGUUCCGAUCCCUCUUCUUUUUAUGAGGACUGUUAUUCAAGCACUUGAUGCUUUCCCAGCUUUGGUUGAUUUUGUCAUGGGAAUACUUUCCAGGCUUGUCAAUAAGCAGAUCUGGAAAAUGCCAAAGCUGUGGGUUGGAUUCUUAAAAUUGGCAUACCAGACUCAACCACGCUCGUUUGAUGUUUUGUUACAGUUACCUACGCCGCAGCUUGAAAUUGCACUGAAUAAGUAUCCGAAUCUUCGACCACAUCUUUCUUCCUUUGUUAAUCAGCGGAACUUGCACAACAUCUUGCCCAGACAUACUUUGAAUGUCUUGGGAUUCAUCAAUGAACCACAGCAGGCACCAAUGCCAUUUGCACCUGCUGCGAUGCAAACAGCAGACACAACUUCCUCUCUUCCUGGUACAACCCUAAUGUGAGUUAUGAGGAUGCAAGUAGUUACACCGAUCAGAUGCAGAAUGCCUUGUUCAUCACAGAUGCACAUAAAAAGUUGUAUGGGCGUGAAAUGGCACAAAUGAAGAUCGAGUGCCCUUUAGCGCGUCUCCAGUUACCGUCUCACUGUUCCUAGUAUAGUGGCUCAACAAGCUCUUGGAGGUGAUCGAUUAAAGGGUGGUCUGUUGUGUUUGUGCUGGGGCGGUUGCUUGGAAUGUGAUUGUUUAAAGGGUGGUCUUUUGCGUUUGCGCUGGAGCCAGUUCUUCCCUGAAUGGGGAUCAGUCCAAGUUGUAUACUAGCUGUAGUCUUAUGGUAAGAAGUAGUUCCACUCACAGGCUGAGGGCUUCUAGGCGAGCAAAGGGCAGAGCUAAUUAUUUACAAAUAACCGAGGGAUAUUAUUUGAUCAGCACGUCUUCCUCCAAAGAGAAGAGUUGUUGCACGUAACAGAAUCAGUUUGGCAGGGAGCCGGCAUUUGAGUGUCUGGCGCUAACAAUUGCUGUUGUCCGAACAGAUUGUCUGUGUAUUGUAACAUUGUAUAUAUAAAAAUUGAUUUUGUUAGCUAUCAUAUUUAUUUUGCUUUAUU